UCGGCCUUUGGUGACGUACUUCCUGGAAACGGCCUCAAGUUUAUUUAUCUGGAUCAGUUUUCUUAUUGUGUGUACAGUGUAUAGAACAAAAUCAGAGAUAUUAAGAUGUAUACAAGAGACGACGAACCAACAAUUUAUGGGUUGAUUCCUGAAGCAGAGAUUAAAAGAGAGAAAGCACCAAGACAUGUUUCAAAGUUUAGAGAUACUGCAAAGGAUGAUUAUGUUAAACUUAAAGAUGAUCACAAGACAAUGGGCCAAGCCAAAGUUCCUGUGAGACAACCAGAAAGUUUUAUGAAGAAACAUGAAAAAGAACCUGUCCUCCCAGACAGGAGAGCUUUUAGGUAUCCAGAUGAGGAAAGAAAAAGACCACCAGUACCUACAACUAAAGAUCAACCAUUAAUGGGUCUCAAAACAUCAAAGAACUUCAUCACUAAUAAUGCUGUCCAAAAUAUCACAUCUGUACCUAGAAUGCCACAAAAAGUAUAUGUUGACACAAAGAAAGGAGACAAAAACUUGCUGGAGCCAUCAGGACUGGAACCAGUUUAUGUACAUAGAAAGGAUUAUGGUGAAACACCAAAAUAUUUAGAAAAGAGAAAGGAUGAGAUGAAAAGAGCUCAGGAAGAAUAUGAUGCCUAUAUAGCAGAACAUUUCAGACGAGGGGCAAUGAGAUCUUUAUCAGGAGAAGAACGACAGGCAAUUCUACAAGGCCUUAAAACAAACUGGGAGGAAAUUCAUGACCAGUACCAGGGCCUGUCUGUUGUCACAGAUACCGCUCCAAAGAAAAACAGGAAAGAAAGAAUGGAAGCUGAAAUGAAACAACUAGAAAGAGACAUUGAAACAAUUGAAAGACACAAUGUUAUAUACAUUGGUAACUAAAAAUGCUGAAUAAACUAACAUGAUGUAAAGAUAAUAAGAAAAUUUCCUAAUUGUUGAUGUAAAUCAGUGCUUUUAAAGUUUUAUACUACAAUAUUUAAAACAAAGUCAAUCGGAAGAAAAAGACUAUAUGUACAACAAAAAAGCAUUACAAAAGGAAAAAUGUAUAGAUGGAUAUAGAAGAAAACAAUCACAUUUGUUAGGAUUUGCAAGUUUCCAUUUUAUAAAAUUAUUUUAUCACUUUUUUAAUGUCAUUCCAUCCUUUUCUUUUAAGUCUAUGAAGGAAUUUGUUCUAUACUAUACACUGUACAGAUUAUGUACUUAAAAAAUUAUUUUAUUUGUUUAUAUAGAUAAAUUUGGAUGGGUUUAUUUAUGUAAACAAAUGCUAUAUUAUAUUAUUGAAAUAAAUUAUGAAAUAUA